UUUUGACUCUUUCGACUGUACUUAGAUUAAAACUUUGGGUUAUUUCGAAACAAGAUUAACAAGAUUCUAUGUAUUUUAUAAUACCCAGAUUCUAGAUCACGAUUUGAACAAGCUCCAAAUCAGCAAGUUGAGAUCUAAUCUAGAUCUAGAUAUACUAAUAGACUAAUAGUAGAUCUAGACUAGAAAAUACUACAUCUAGAUCUAGAAUAGAUCUGAGAUCUACUUUUUUAUUGCUAGAUUUAGAAAGAGUAAGAGUUUCAUUCAGAAUGCAGCACACACAAAAGAACUCUUACAGAAAAAAGAGAGGGACAGUGACAGAGUUGCCUGUAUCCCUUUCAUUAAUGCAGAAUCUAAGCAGCAGCUCAUGGAGAUACUUUACUGGAACACUUGAUGGUGCUUCACUUGUGGUCAGUAGAUCUGGAGAUAUGGAUUUUCUAUACAAAAUGGGUUUCUUUGGCAAAGGCACUUUGUCUAGGAGUGAGCCAAAUUUUCUUGAACGUCAACAUAAAGUCACCAUAGGUCUUGAUCCUGCAGACAAGUUCAUUAUGUCCAAACGAAUCUAUCUUCUUCACAAACAAUGCAGACAGUUAUCUGAGAGGACAUUUGACCACCUGCCAGCUAUGUCCUCUAACUACCAUGUUGCUGGUGACAAGCAGCAUUGCCCUCCAGAGUCAACAGUCCCUUCUGAAGUGUUUCCUAAACUGACAUUCAUUUUAGACCAGUUUUCUAGGGUCUGCAAUGAACAUAUAGCAUCUUAUGUCUGUGUAUCUACAAGUGGAUCACAAAGUCAGGUUCACAGUUCUGGUGUCCCUGUAUCUGGCUCUGUCGUUGUUUUAGACAGUGAUGAAGAAGGAGUUAUUGAAAGUAAAGAAGUUUGUGACAGAAAGAAAGAGGAUCAACACAUUGACCCUGUGAACAUUUCAUUGAACAAACUGACAGCAGACAGUGAGUCCCAUUUAUCCACUACUACACAAGAAACAGUGAACCAACUCUUGUGUUUUCCCUAUAAGUCUACAAGCAGCAGCUUUGUGGUCAUGCCAGCGACCUUUGCUUACAAUACAAUCUCUCAAUCAAAAUACACACCUGCUUUUCUGAGAUUUUUUUCUUUAGACCCUAUCAUGCACUUUGACUACAGUCUGGACGAUUCAUUGCUACCAACUGGCUUCACUAUCCCAAAGAUGAAUGUCCAUUACCAGAGGAUAUAUCCACCUGUUAGAUUGAGCACAUCCUUCACUUCAGUCACAAUGUUGAGUCAAAGGUACACUCAGUUACCAUGGGCUGCAAGUUCACAAGACAGAAAGUUUGGGGCUAAGUUUAAAAAGACUUCUGAAGGAUUGGCAAGUAAAAAAUUGAAGACAUCUUUAAGGAGUAAUACAUUGGAUCCCAAACAGAGAACACAUGCAGCUCAAACAGACUUGAAAUGUCCAUCAGAGACACAAAGUCCAUUAGAGACUCAGUUUACAUUAGAUAUAAACUCUCAUGAAACACAACCUGAGAUAAAUAGAGAGACUUAUGCUGAAUGUGAGACUCAAGCUCUGCCUGAAACACAAGGUGAUAGUAGGAUUCUAGCAACCGAUAGUUUAGCAGGUCCAAAUGAUGAUGUAACAGGCCCAGCAGAUAGUUUGACAUGUUCAACAUUCAACAAAUCUGGGGAUGCCUGUGAACAUAUAAGUUUAGAUAGCAGCUCAGAUCUGGAGCAUUCCCUUAGUCUUCAGGAUGAGCAAACAGCAGACCAUUUAGUUAUAGGCAACUCAUCAGAUGAAGAAAAUCUUUAUGGAGAAAACAUGUGGCAGCCAUGUCUAAAAAAGGAUCCAUUUCCUGUUAAAGAAACACUUAGACUUACUCUUGAAGAGACAUUUUUUCUUUCCUUUGGGCUUGGAUGUUUACAUGUAACAGAUGCAGACCAGAACCUGUUAAACUUAACUCAGAUGUGGCAACAGUUUCAGCAAUUAAAGGACCAGUUUAUCCCGCAUUAUGUUGUCUACCAUUAUUUCCGAAGCCAAGGUUGGGUGCCUAAGUCAGGCCUGAAGUUUGGAUGUGACUUUAUUCUGUAUAGAGAUGGCCCACCAUUCUACCAUGGCAGCUAUUCAGUUCAAAUCUUAAGUGUAAAGGAUAAAACAAUGUUAGCACGAGCUGAUGGAUCUCUCUUGAACCAACACAUUCAUAAUUGGACUGAACUGUCUGGGAGGAACAGAGUUUCUGAUCACGUAGCUAAGACUCUAAUGCUUUGUUAUGUAAUAUGGCCUGAAGAUGAAUUAAGUCAAGAAGAACUUAUGUCUCCUAAAUGUCUGGUCAAAUUUAAAGUCAAGGAAGUGCUUGUGUCAAGAUGGGUGGCUUCUGAAGAACGACAAGCAAGGGAAGAUAUUCCUUAGAAUGACAUCCAGCAUGGCAAGGAGAAAAGUAGUUGCUACCAUCUGUACCACACACAGGGAAGUAUCUCUGAUUGUCACAGCUACAGAUGUUGCCGCUGUCAAUAAAACAAAACUCAUAUUGAAACAAACAAAAAGGUCUUGUCUCUAAAGGAAGUCUUCUCUGGGUGUGUUUUGAGAGUUGUGUGCACCCAGUCAAGUACUGGAGUUCAAAGAUCAAGAAGUAUGUGAAAUAGAGAGGAAGACUCAAGAUGCUGUUCAAGAGUUCCAAAGCUUGGAUUCAUUCCUCCCAUACUUUGAUAGUGUGUGUGUGUGCUAUUUCUUCUCUUACUUGUUUUAUAGUAGUUUUGUUUUCCUCUUUGCUAAAUGUCAUUUCUGUUUCAUCUAUGUGGCAUUGUAAUUCUUAGGAAUAGAACCUUUUAUAGUAAUCAAUCUAACGACACAAAACUUACACAUGGACCAUUUAGAGACCUUGAAGGCAAGGUGUGUACCGUAGCUCCAAUGUUUCAGUACAGUGAACACAAUGGAAGGAUCAGUCCUAAAGAUGUGAUAAUGUUUGUGUUUCUCAUGUUGUCCCUCCUCUUGGACAGCUGGGGAACGCUCAACACCUUUCUCCCAAUCUCUACACUUCACUAUCCAGGUCUCAGCUGAAGGGGGACAAUGGCUAGUACUCAAGUGGGAGUGACAAUCAAGGCACAUGGGGCCCAAAUAAAUCUUUAUUGGGCAGAGUCCUCAUAAUUUUAUUUUCAUGUUAAGUAAAUGACAUCAACAGAAGUUCCAGAAUGAUGUUUAAACUAAUUGGAGAAAUUCGACCGUUUUAUUGCGUGCUAAAUUAGUUUGAUGGAUACAUAUUAAAAUGUCUAAUUCAUAAAA